GCUAGGCGCUGCCACAAGGUAUCUAUUGCACCAUCGCAUCCCCUACAAGGCUACAAAACAGCACAGCACAAAGAGAGAGAUAGGCAGCUUCAAUAAUGUCCCAGAACGACAAAAUGGACAAGUCGUUCCUCACCGCCGACGUCGACGACCUCCUCAAGCAGCUCACCACCGACGAGAAGAUCGCGCUCCUGGCCGGUAAAGACUGGUGGAAUACGGUCGAUGUCCCGAGACUGAAUAUCCCUUCCGUCAAGAUGACUGACGGGCCCGGAGGGGCGAGAGGAGACUCUUUCUACCACAUGACCCCCGCCUCGGCACUGCCGAGCUCCACCGCCCUAGCAUCGACCUUUUCCCUCCCCCUCAUCCACUCUGCCGGCCAGCUCCUCGCCCUCGAAGCUCUUGCCCGUAAUGCCACAGCGCUGCUGGCACCUACGAUCAACAUUGCUAGGUCACCGCUCGGCGGGCGGGCGUUUGAGAGUUUCUCGGAAGAUCCGACGCUCGCCGGGCAGUUAGCUGGGGCAUACAUCCGAGGUUUGCAAGAAGGCUCCAAGAAGGGAGACGGGCUUGGCAAGGGCGGUGUGGGAGCGGUGAUCAAGCAUUUUGUGGGAAAUGAUCAAGAACACGAACGUAUGGGCGAAGACUCCCUCAUCUCCCCUCGCGCCCUCCGCGAGAUCUACCUUCGCCCCUUCCAGAUCGCCCUCCACCUCUCCUCCCCCUCCGCCUUCAUGACAGCCUACAACAAGCUCAACGGAACGCACUGUUCGGAGAACGAGUGGCUUUUGGAACAAGUGUUGAGGAAGGAGUGGGGGUUUGAGGGAUUGGUGAUGAGUGAUUGGUAUGGGACUUAUUCCGUGAGCGAGUCGAUCAAUGCGGGGAUGAACCUCGAGAUGCCUGGGCCUGCAACGUGGCGUGCAGAAGGGCUCGUCCAGCAUCUUCUCAACGCGCACAAGAUCGACCCGCGUCAACUGGAUAAAGUCGCUGGGGGCGUGUUGAAGUGGGUUCAGAAACUUGCCAGGGCAAAUGAAGAGCUCGUCUACUCUCCCGCCAGCCCAGAGAAUACCAGGACGGAGAGUCAGGAGGAAGAUGCCAGGUUUCUCCGGCAACUAGCCGGCGAUGGCAUAGUAUUACUCAAAAACGAAGAAUCGAUCCUUCCCAUCCAACCUCCCACCUCUACGAAACCCAAAACAGUCGCCGUCAUCGGGCCCAACGCCAAAGCCAAAGUCCUCACGGGCGGCGGCUCGGCCACCCUCCGCUCCUCCUGGUCGUCCUCCCCCUGGGAAGGUCUUUCCACCAACUCCCCCGAGGGCAUCGAGCUCUCCCAUGCUCAAGGCGCGUUUACUGGCAAGUUCUUACCCACCCUUGACGCGUCUUUCACCUGCCCGGACGGGUCCCCAGGCUUUCAACUCUCCCACUUCUCCCUCGCCUCCUCCGGCGUUCCUGAAGAAGAACCAACGUUCGUGGAGAAAUGGGACGACUCGAACAUGUUUCUCGCCGAUUUCAGCCCUCCCAACUUGUCGAGGGAUUACAUCACCCAGCUCGACGCUAUCUGGACGCCAGAGGAAGAGGGCGAGUACGAGUUUGGGCUGUCGGUGACGGGAAAGGGAUGGGUGUGGGUGGAUGGGGAGCUUGUGGUUGAUGUGUCCAAGCCGGUGAAGAGAGGCUCGGCGUUCUUUGGGUCUGGGAGUGUGGAAGUGAAGGGUACAGUCAAGGUGGAGAAGGGCAAGCGAUACGCCUUCAAGAUGAUCCACGAUACCCGACCCCCAGCUACAAACGACGCCAACACCCCCUUCCGCAACCCCGGCAUCCGCCUCGGCGUCGCCCCCCUCAUCUCCCCCUCCCAACUCAUCUCCAACGCCGUCGCCCUCGCCAAAUCGAGCGAUAUCGCCCUCCUCGUCGUUGGCUUGAACGCCGAUUGGGAGAGCGAGGGGUACGACAGGCCGGAUCUGUCUCUUCCUUUGAACACCGACAAGCUCAUCUCCUCCGUCGCGGAUGCCAACCCGAACACCAUCGUCGUCAUCCAAGCCGGCUCUGCCGUCUCGAUGCCUUGGGUCGAUAAAGUCAAGGGUGUGGUGCACGCGUGGUAUCUCGGGAAUGAGACGGGAAAUGCUAUUGCCGAUAUCGUAUAUGGAACCACCAACCCCUCGGGUCGACUGCCCUUGACGUUCCCAAAGAGAGAGAUUGAUAUCGCCGCUCACCUGAACGCGAAAUCGGCGAGGACAAAGGUUCAUUACGAAGAAGGCAUCUGGGUGGGAUACAAACACUUCAACGCCCGGGGUAUCGAGCCGCUCUUCCCCUUCGGCCAUGGCCUCUCAUACACUUCCUUCUCAUACACUAACCUCCGCAUCUCCAUCUCUCCGAAGAAGGUGAAGGAAGUCGGGGCGGACGGGUGGAAAGUCGAGGUAGAGGUUGAUGUGAAGAAUGAAGGCGAGCGAGAGGGUAAACAUACGGUGUUGUUCUUCUUGACGCCGCCGAAGGAGACGGAGACGGGGUUGAAGCAUCCAGAGCGGACUUUGCAAGGGUUUGAAAAGGUCGAGCUGGAGGCGGGGGAGACGAAGACGGUCAAAGUGGUGUUUGACAAAUGCACGUUCUUUAUUCCUCUUAACACUCUCUGGCUCUGGAACACUUGGCGCGCCGAGCCGGGCGAGUGGACAGUGAGAGUUGGGGUUGAUGCUGGAAAAAUGUGGGAGGGAGAAGAGGCAAAGUUUAGGAUUGAGGAUGAGCUCGAGUGGAGGGGGUUGUAA